GAGCUGUUCAAAAUUAUGCUUGUUUAUUAUUAUGUUACACUAAAUGAUUUUGAACCCAAUCUCGCAUGCAGCUAAGAACCUUAUUAUUUAAGUAACGUGUAUUUCUUUUAGUUUGGAGCACGUGGUGUGUCCCAGUCUGUGAAAUAUAUUAUACAUGUAUAAUUUUGACAACAGCAGCUGUAAGUGCAUAAAAUGUUUUCCAACUUGUUUACAUUUCCGGAUAUAGUCCGACCAAGUUUAAAGAUGUGCUCUAAAUAAACUUCGGAACCAGUAGGCAUAAAAUUGUAUUUCGAUACUUGCUGAGAAUAUUAAAAUUAUGUAAUAUUAGCAAAGUUCGCACAUGAAUAUUUGUAAUUGAAAUUCCGUUCGAUUUUUGCGCGUAUAUGCUUUGGUCACACCGAACUGUAGCAGUGUGACCGCUCAUGACAUUUAUCGCGUGCUACGUUGGGCCACACUGUUCACUCAGUGCUGUCAGUUGUUAGAGAGCCGAGCGACUGUGAAGACGUACGUGUGUGCUCAUACAGUGCUCUCAGAAUUUAUUUUUGGUAAUUUUUUGCUUCUGGUUUAAAUUAAUAAGUAUUUUAAACAAAAUCACGAUAAUUAAAUAAAUUAACGCCGCAAUAAAUAUUAAUUAAUAAACAAUUUGUUUAACGUACAAUGUUAAAAGAAACAAUUUAUGCAAAUUUUCAGGCAGUUUUUUCCCCUACUGGCAGAGCAGCAAGCAAAAUAAAAAAAAAAUAAAAAAAAAAAAAAAACCAAAUGCAAUUACACAUUGCCGCGCGCACACUGCAGCAGCCACACAAACAACAAUGAAAUGCUUGUUUUGUUGUUAAAUGCAACAUUAAAUGUAUGAAACGCAAUGAAUUAAAAACAAAAACCUAUUUUGAAGCGACACUUUUAUUUGUGUACAUUGUACAUACAUAGGCAUUUACAUAUACGUAUAUAUAUAUGUAUAUAUAUAUAUAUGGGAGCAAUUUAUAAACAUUUGAAUAUGAACGUCGAAAAUGCACUUUUUUCGCCUUUAUAAUUGACACGAAUAUGAACAAAUAUUUAUAUCUACCAAAGAGAAAAAGCGUUAGCGUUUCUUUUGUUCAAUUGAAAAAGAAAUUGAAAUUCGCGGAAGACGACACGACGACGGUGAAGAAAGAUUUUUACUCGCGUCGCGGUAUACUUCAACUGUUUUUGAACUUUUAUUGCGUUGCUGCUGAGCAAGAGCGCCAACUACAAAAAUCGCUGCGCAGCGGCCAACAACAACAAGUCGCUGCCACCGAAAGUAAAAUACAAUGGAAUAAAAAUGUGUGUACGAGUGUAGUGUUGAGAGAGAGUGUGGGAGAGAGAGAGAACAAGAGAUGGCGAGCGAGUGAGACUUGAGCAUGCGCGAUAUGUGCUCAAAUGUUGCCCUUGUCUACCUCUACGAAUGUAUGCGUGCCUGUAUUUGUGAAUGUGUGUGUCUAUGUGUGUACGUUUGCGUCGCGUUAUUUUCGCCUUCGCCGUGCUACGCGCUGCUUAGUGUGCGCGUAUUCCGUUUAUCCGCGCCGCCGUAAACUCACACACUGAUUUUGCCAUUAGCCAUUGUUGUGUUCUCAGCGAGUCGCCGCUGUAGCUGCUGCUUUGUGGCUUUGGUUCGUUGCUUGCUCCCAGUUUGCUUGCUGUUUUGCCAGAAGACAAAGUAUUUUAACUGGCACACUACUGUUAAUUAACUACUGAGGCAAUCAUUUCAAUGCAUAUUCUAUUAAUUAUAUCAAUUUAGAAAGCGCAAAAAGUUCUAGCAAAACAACAGUAUAUAGACACAGACAUUGCUUAUAUACAUACAUACAUACAAACUAUAUACGUACAGAGUUAGUCACCGUUUUUUGUAACUACUAAAAUACAUGAAAACAUUAAGCGAAUGUAUGUAAGAAUCGAUGUCGACAAACAGACAUAAACAAAAAGAAAAGUGUACAAAUACAAAAGCAGGCAAAAGUAACGGAAAGUUCGUAAACGACAUUCUUUGCUCGCAAAUGUGGUCGGCAUUGUCGGCCCAGAAAUCACAGCGGAGCAAGCGAGAAGGCAAAACAACGGCAACAAAGCUGCUCGCUGAGCAGAUGUAGCCACGAGCUUUUAAGAGCAAAGAGCAGCGCUCAAUCCAGAGAGUAGCAAGAGCGCAUUACAAACGACGCCACCUACUCAAAGAAAAAAGGCUCCUUGGUCGAGAUUUCCAACAAAACUAAUUAAGGACUAUUAAGAGACUGUUAACAAGGAACAACAAAACCCCAAGCUAAAUUCAUAAAAAAACAAAAACAAAAAACAAAAAAAACAAGGAGAAAGAACGGAAGACUAGCAAUAAUAAUAAUUAUAAUAAUAACAACAGCCACAAAUCAAAACCUAAUUUAAAUCUAAAAAGCAAAGUAUUUGUUUUUUGUCAUCAUUCAAACAGCGAACACAACAAAAAUCACUUUAGCCUUAUAUACAACAACAAAACACUAGUAUAUUACCAUAAGAAAUUGCAUUCGCGAUAAAAGGAAGAAAUCUGGCUACGCUCUAAGUAGGCUAAAACAAGCUAAUAACACAAACAGCGACAGUUACAAAGAGCCGUCAAUAGAACAAGAAAAAGAACUAUCGCCUACUCUCUCUCUCUCUCUCUCUCUCGCACUCUCUCUCGCUCUCUGUCUGACAGCAAGGAGAAGACAAGAGCACGAACAGGCAACAGGAAGCAGAAAAUCAACAAUCGUGCAGUACGGCAACUCUGGCAACAGCUGCAGCGAAUCAACAACUACUAAAAAAAAAGAAGCAAGCAGCAUCAAGCGCGACAUUUGUUAGUCUUGAGCGCCGUCAACGCUGCCGCCGCAGCCGCAGCCGCUGCCAGACGAAAGCAGCAGCAGCAGCAGCAGCGCAGCAGUGGGCAGCGAUGAACACCCAGCAGGAAUAGCAGCAGUUACGUUAGCAAGUGCUUUAGAACCCGCUAUUGCCGUACCUCUGCUGCGAUACACGGCAAUAAAGAGAGAGGCACAAAGAGAAAAUAGUGCAAAGUUAACUGUAAUAAAAACAUUUUCAAAUACUUAAGCAAGUGCAGGCGGUGGGGGGCAGCGGCCUAAUGCAAAACAACAUGGUAAGCAUACCAGCGGCCAAUAUGAACGGCGGCCUUAAGGCAGCCAACGGCAGCGGCACCGUCGUUGGCGUUGGCGUCGGCGUCGGCGUUGCCGGUACAGUGUUGACAAAUGCGCAGCGCGUCUAUUUGACGCCCGCCUCCAGUUACCAUCUAGCUGCGCGACAAACAACUGUCAGCGGCGCUGCAACCGCAGGCGUUGGCGUCGUUGCCACUGCCAAAGCGGGCAAUAACAACAACAACAUCAACAACAACAUCAACAACAACAGCAGCAGCAGCAACAACAACAACAACAACAACAACAACAGCAACAAUACAAAUGCGGCAGCAUCCACCAGCACAGCUGGCACCGUGCGCUACUUUUCGCAGUUUAGCAAACUGCAGCCGGUGCAGCAGCUGAACACCAGUGUUGGGCAACGGAAGCUGCUCAAUGGCGACACCAUGGUGUUGGUUAAUGGCAGCAAGCCGCUGAUCUUUGCCACCCCAAACCACAACAACAACAAGUUGAUAGCAGCAGCAGCAGCAGCAGCAGCAACAACAACAGCAGCAGCAACAACAACAACAGCAGCGACAGCAACAACAACCGCAACAACAACAGUUCCUAAUGGCAACAGGCUGUUAAUCAACAAGCAGCAACUACAACAACAAAAACAACAACAGCAACAACAACAACAAGAACAACAGCCAGCGACUGUGAUUGAUGAACUGCAGCACGAGGAGCUGCAGAUUGGCAACGAAAUUGGAGACAUAAUUGAGAUCAAGCAGGAGCUGGAGGAGCCACUGGCCUUGCUAACGUCAUCAGCGCCAAACUCAAUCAAGUCCGCCGACCAGGAUGCCGAGCCCGAGCUGGACAUUGUGAUAAACAAUGUGGUCUGCUCGUUCAGUGUUCGCUGUCAUCUCAAGUUGCGCGAGAUCGCGCUCAAUGGCUCCAAUGUGGAGUACAGGCGGGAGAACGGCAUGGUUACGAUGAAGUUGCGGCGUCCCUAUACGACCGCCUCCAUUUGGUCAUCGGGCCGGAUCACGUGUACGGGUGCCACAUCUGAAUCACAGGCCAAGAUCGCCGCCCGUCGGUACGCGCGCUGCCUGAGCAAGCUGGGUUUUCCGACGCACUUCCAGAACUUUCGGAUCGUCAAUGUGCUGGGCACCUGUAGCAUGCCCUGGGCAAUUAAAAUAGUCAAUUUCUCGGAGCGCCAUCGCGACAAUGCCAGCUACGAGCCCGAACUGCAUCCGGGUGUUACGUACAAGAUGCGCGAGCCAAAGGCCACGCUCAAGAUCUUCUCCACGGGCAGCAUAACGGUAACAGCCGCCAGCGUGAAUGACGUGGAAUCCGCCAUACAGCACAUUUACCCGUUGGUGCAUGAGUUCCGUAAGCAGCGUUCCGCGGAGGAGCUGCAGCAUCUGCGACAAAAGCAGCGAGCCCAGGGCGGGGACGAUCUCAACGAGCUGGACGAUCAACUGGCGCUGCUGGAGGGGAAGAGCGCUGUCAAGGAUGAUGAUAUAUUCUUAAACACCACCGCCGCACACACAAAUGCCAGCCGGCCGCAAGGAGCUGGCGCCGCCAACAGCCUGCCCACAGCAUCCCUAUACACGGCGCGCCGCAUUGAGCAAUAUAAAAGCUACCAGGACAUGCAGGAGCUGACGCAAAUGGAGCGCCGCCACGUCAGCUAUGCUAGCGACGCCGCCAAAGGCAGCAACAACAGCAGCAGCAGCACCGGCGACAAUAUCUGUGCCAAUGCCCGACGCCGCGCCACCGAAUGCUGGGCGACAAAGCUGCAAAACAAACGUCCGCGCUACAAUGAUCCUGGCUCCACGGCGACAGUCACUGCCGGCGCCAUUGCGCGCACUGCCACCACCGCCGUCGCCAGUUACAAUACCAGCUACAGCGCUGUCGGCGUCGCUGCUACUGCGACUGCGACUGCGACAGCGAGUGCGGCGAAUAAGCUGCGCAACAACAAGCCGCCGCUCAUUCCCGUCGAUGUCGUGCUCAAGCAGAGCAGCUCCAGAGCGCGCAAUGCUGCAGCUGGUGUUUCGGCGACAGCUUACGAUGAUGGCGGCGUCUACACGAAACGUGAGACAUUCUCCCCAACGGAUUUCCAAGUGGACGAUCUGAUCGAGGAGGAUGAGGAUGACUUGGAUAUGCACUUUUAAGAGCAGCCAGCGCAGCAGCGCAGCCAGCGCAGCAUCGAUGAUCCAAGCAGAGCAAGCUAAUUGAAUUUGUUGAUAACAGAAGUUGCCUAUGCCAAAUUUAUCGAGAGUUUUUUACAAAAGAAAGACACAAAGAAAAAUGCAGCAUGCUCAACACACACAAACACACACACGCACACACAAACAGACAGACAUAUAAGCAUGAUGUGUAUUUUUCUUAUGUGCUCUUUCAAUGCAUUUAACAUAAGCUUAACAUAAUGGAAACAGAACACAGCAAGCAAACACACACACACACAUGCACAUACAAAUACACACACACACAGCCACAGUCACACAUACAUGCAUCCAUGCGCAUCAGAAGCGGAAAGGGCAACUGCAGCAGCAUUAACAUCAACAUCAACAGAGGACGGCGAAUUCAAAAUCCAAAUCAAAUAUUUUCUAUUAAAAAAAAAACAAAACAAAACAAGAGCCAAAUAUUUAUAUUUAAGAUUAUGUUUAGACAGAGCAAUGUACGUAUGUAGUUUAAAGUACAGGAAACUACGGACACCGCGAUUCAACAAUUGAUCAGCUUUUACGAAAUGGUAUAAAUUUGAUUUACCAUAGGCAUAUACACAUAUAGACUAAAUGCAACAAAUAUCAGCAAUUAUGUGCGCUACACAUACACAUACGUAUAAAUAAAUAUAUCAUUUACAUAUACGUAUUAAAACCCUCAAUAACUGCAGUUACAACAACCUGCAACAGCGACCCGAACUCAAAGGAACAAGUGGAAACUGAAACUUAAUAAACUAUUGCACACAAACACAGACACAUACACACACACAUACACAUACACACACAUAUAUAUAUAUAUAUAUACAGAUCGAUCGACAUAAUCGAUUUCUUUGAUACCAAUUUGUAUCGUUAAUGCAUAUGUAACUGCGUAUGUGAGGAACCACCGCCUAAUAAAUACUGUUACUACAUUACAACAUAAACAAAAACAAAAACAAAAACUAAAGCAAAUACACUAUGGAAUACAUUUAGUUCUAUGUUUCAUUUACAUUUAGUUCAAUGUUAAACAGAACUCUUAGAAUUUGCUGCACAACCGCUGUUACAUUUAACAUAUUAAGCAAAUGUAUCGCGGCUCUGACGUCACAAUUCAACAGCCGCCAUUGCGCAUAGCGAAUCCCAACAAAAAUAAACUUUUAAUUAGCACAUUUUA